UGACACCUGUAUUGCACGUAAAAGUGUGUGUGUGUGCCGUGACCCUGUUUGCAGUCGUCCACACUCAGGGGCAUAUAGUAUGUUUGUAUGUGUGCGCGCCCGGGAGUCGGAGCCCUGCUUGCAAUCGUCCACUACCAGGUAAAUAUGUGUGUGUGUCUGCAUAUGUGUGUGUGUGUGUGUGUGUGCUCUGGGCGGUGGUGUGUGACGGUGUGUGACGUCCGCCGCCCACGCGCCGCCCUCGUUACACACACUGGCGGGACAACGCUGGGACGGGACACACAGCGACUCUCCCUGCGGCCUCGCGCGGAGGAACACUUGCGGGGGGGGACACUGCGGAGCACAGUGUUCACCGGCGACCCUCACUCCCUCACCCGCCAUCCACCUCACUCAGGUCAUACAAGUCACUCGCUCACGAGUUCAGCGCCACCUCAAGUGUUCAAACUUCAGUGUCCUGCAGGACAGACAGCGCGCAGGAUGUCCUUACUGGAGGACCCGAAGAGUGCUGAGGGGCGCGGCGAGGACCGCUGCCGCCUGGUGGUGUGUUCCUUCUGUGGCUACGUGACGGACCGCAAGAACAAUCUGAAGCGACACAUCCAGACCAUGCACGAGGCGUCCUCCGUGGAGCUGGAGUGCUGCGGCCAGCGCUUCUUCAACAAGGCUGACAUGCGAACACACACUCGUGCCCUGCAUCGCGAGGGCUACAUGUGCCCCAUUUGCCGCCACGUGUUCUGCCGCAAGGCGCUGCUCAAGCGGCACCUCUCCGUGCACACCGGCAUCAAGGAGUUCAUCUGUUGCCUGUGUGGCUACGACACCAGCCACAAGAGUAACCUGGAGCGACACAUGAGGACGCAUGCCAAGGACAAGGAGGAGAACAAGUCGUCGAAAAAGGAAGCCGCUCUGCUGCAGGCGCCGCGGCCCUCCUUGCCUCCCCAGCAAGCCAUGCGCCGCGCCCCGCCGCCUGCCAGGGGCACCCCGAAGGCCCUUCAUGAGCUUCACUCCAAGGCCGUCAGUGUGUGCGACAGUCAGUGGGCCUCCGUGUGGGCACUGCAGCAUGGCUACCAGCUAUCGCCGCCCUCCUUGUCGCCGCCGCCACCGCCUCUCCUCCGCUACCCAGCAGAGGCGUGCCUCCAGCCCGCCAAACACCCCUGCGUGCCGUCGAGGAGCUUCACCAUCGAGGAGCUGCUGCGGAACAGCGCCCAACAGCCGCCACAGCCGCCACAGCCCCCACAGCCAGUACAGCCGCCGCAACUAGCAGGUCCCUCCCAAGGAAUACAGAACGCCCCGCGACCAGACAGGAGCCAGCCCGCAGUCCCUCACUCCUGUGCCGCCUCCGCCAAAAUCCUGCGACCCACACCUAUCCGCCCUCACGCUAAGGACUUCCUCAGGCGCCCACCGCAGUCCUCCAUCGCUUACCAGGGGCGUCUUCUGGCUGUAGUGGAUGUCACUCCUCCUGCACCUUCCGCCUUCGUCCCUCCACCUCCUCCACCGCCUCCACCGCCUCGUCUCAGCAUCACGCCGCCCCUCGCCUUCAUACCGUCCUGCCCUCAGCCAUCUCACCUCUUACACGCCCACCUCCCGCCUCUGCAGUGCGUUGCAAACCUAUACCCGCCUGCAGGGGAUCCUCUCGGCGUCCCAACCCUCAAGGAGACGCCCUCGCCGGAGUCGCCAGAGCGGGGGAGCAGCCCUGAGAGGGUGAGCAGCCCCGAGGAGCACCACCACGCCACAGGGGAGGAAUACAUGCACAAGAAGCUGCGGUUCUCACGCAAACUACGGCAAGUUGAGGUGGAGCAGUUAUGUUCGGCCAGCCAGGAGAUGCCGCGUGACUGAGAGAGAUAGAGGGGGCGGGGGUGUACAGUGCCAUCGUAGCCAUUAGCCGCCUCUGCACGCACUCAUCACAAAGAGCACUGCAGCGGCCAUCUUGUUGAGGCGGCACGGACAGUCUAGCGGCCUCGUCUUUUGAAAUGCUUUGUAUCAGAUCACUGUUUCAUGUGGCCAUCAAGUGGUUAAUCCAAGCUUUGCAAUAUUACAUUAUCCAUUUCAGUUCAGUACUGUCAUAAUAUGGUUAUCCGGUAAUUCAUUCAAACAUUACAGUAUUACAUCAGUCCAUUUCAUUCCAAAGUACUGUUUCGUAUGGUUAUCAAGUACCAUAAUUAAUUUAAAUAUUAUAGAAAAAAACAUCUAUUCACUUCAUAUCAGAUUUGUUUAAUAAGUAAUCAAGUCAUUAAUUCGCGUAUUUAUCCAUUUCAAAUAAGUUUACUGUUUCAUUGGUAUCACGUUACCAUUUCAAGUAUUACAGUAUUACGUCUACCCAUUUCAUCUCAGCACUCAGUUACAAAAGCUUAGUUAUUACGAAAUUAAUUCAUGUCCCUAUCAGCUUUGCUCUUUGUGUGUGCAUGUGUCCGUGAAGGCGAUGACUGACUAAUUCUUUGACCGCUUGUCUGACACUUACCACUGCAGCCAUGGCCGACCUUACGUGACUGAAAGGUUAGGAUGCAGGCACUGAAACACGAGGAUUACUUCAUGGUCAGGUUACUGGAGUGUGUCAAUUACUUUGCAGAUAUAUUACAAGGUCACAGGCAUUGCAGGACUGGAAUUACUUAACAGAAAUGUGGUUAAGUUACAGAUAUAUUUGAAUUACUUUACCGAAAUAUUAUUAUGCUGCAGAAAUAUGUUAAUUCCUCAGUGUAAAUAUGAUUAGUUUUCAGGCACUGAACAGCGUAACUUACUUAAAAGAAAUAUGAUUACAUUCCACACAU